AUGGAUCCGGUCUCUGUACUCUCGACACCUGCUUUUGCACACCACGGCGUCGCGUGGUCACCGUUUUAUGAGAACAAACUUGCAAUUGCAGCGUCUGCAAAUUACGGACUCCUAGGAAACGGGCGACUGAGCGUUGCAACGCUAGCGCCACCGAACAACGCCGUGAUUGAUAAAACAUUUGAGACUCAAGACGCGCUGUUUGAUCUCGCCUGGUCAGAGAUUCACGAGAAUCAGGUCGUGACUGCAGGAGGUGACGGGACAAUUCGACUAUGGGAUAUCACACUCAACGCACCAGAGUGGCAGAUUAGCAACACCCCAUCCGCGCCUGGCGAGAGCACACCAAAGAAGUCUACAGCCUCGACUGGUCAAAUAUCAACAAGUCUGUAUUCUGUUCAGCCUCUUGGGAUGUGGACGCCCGAGAGACCGCAUUCGCUCAAAGCGAUACCCGCCCAUCCGAAUCAAUGUAUCUACCAAACACUCUUCUCGCCACACGAACCCGACGUCCUCGUGUCGUGUGCUUCGGACGGGCUCGUCCACCUCUUUGACUUGCGCGCACCCUCGACACUCGCAUACCCAGCACCAGCACUCACACUCUAUGCCCAUCAGGCGGAGAUCCUCUCACUUGACUGGAAUAAAUGGCAGCCCCAUGUCCUUGCCACGGGAUCGGUCGACCGACUUGUGCGUAUAUGGGAUCGUCGGAUGGUGAAACCAAACGAUAGUGCUCCUCCAGUUCCCACUCAUCCUGGAGUCUUGGCUGGUGGGAACAUGAGCGCAUGCGUGAAAGAACUCGCGGGGCAUGAAUAUGCAGUGCGUAAAGUCCAAUGGAGCAAUUUUGCACCGGAUAGAUUGGCGAGUGCAAGCUACGAUAUGAGCUGUCGAAUCGAUGUCAUGAGUCUGAUCGUUGCCCUCUACGCUAUCAAGCUCGCUGGAAGAAGCGCUAGUACCAGCUUGAGCUAUGGAUGGCAUCGUGCAGAAAUUCUUGCAGCUCUUAUCAACGGCGUCUUUCUUCUCGCGCUCUGCUUUUCCAUCUUUAUGGAGGCAAUCGAACGCUUCUUCGAGGUUCCAGAGAUUUCGAACCCAAAGCUCGUCGUCGUCGUCGGCUCUCUAGGCCUCCUGAGCAACAUUCUAGGCCUUUUCCUCUUCCACGAGCACGGUCACGGCCAUUCACACGAUCAUGGACACGGGCACGCUCCAUCCAACGGAUUUAUCGAGGCCCCCAAAAUGCCCACACCGUCCACCGCUGCACCAAAUGGGGAACGACAACCGCUGCUUAUCAACACCUCUACCACGCCCACCGGGUCUCCACUGGCAUCGCCACGCUCUACAAAUGUAAAUAUCGUCCGCCAGCGUCGUGAUUCGAGCGACUCGAUCUCUCUUUUCGGACAUCCGAUUCAGAAUCGUCAAUAUGUGAUUGCAAAGGCACAAGAUCUUGCUACGUCGUAUGCUGGCGCGACCUCUCCACCGUCAUCGCCUCAGUUACAUCGCCGGAACACAUCGGUGUCUAUUCAUCGACCUCUACAGGAUGCCAGUGCUUCCAAUGUAGCUGAUGCUGUUGUCCUGGACGAAGAAGAAGACGAACAUGACCACGACCAUGCGGGACAUCGUCACGGCUCGGUGUCUAGGGCUUAUAGCCAUUCGAGGGCUGCAAACGAGCAGGAAGCCGAAGCUGGUGGCAAGAAACAUCACCAUCACGGCAGCAUGAACAUGCGCGCGCUGGUACUGCAUGUUCUCGGCGAUGCCCUCGGAAACGUCGGCGUCAUCUCUAGCGGUCUCAUUAUUUGGCUUACGACAUGGAAAUACCGAUUCUAUUCGGACCCGGUCAUCUCCCUCGUUAUUACGGUUAUCAUCUUUUCUUCGUCUCUUCCACUCGUCAAGUCGGCGUCUUUCAUCCUCCUACAAGGCAAGAAUGGCGUUCCGGAAAAUGUGAACAUUGCAGACGUGCGAGAGGAAAUCAGUCGUGUCGUGGGUGUCGAAUCAAUCCACGAGCUUCAUGUCUGGCAACUUUCGGAGACGAGAACGAUCGCGUCUGUGCACAUUCGGCUGGAGCAGAAAGCGGAUUAUAUGCGUGCCGUAUACGAUAUUCGCAGGAUUCUACACCGUCACGAUAUUCACAACGCGACUAUCCAGCCCGAGUUUGGGGAUCUCGCCGGAGACGACGAACGUAUCGGCAGUUGUUUGGUCGCUUGUCCAACCGGAAACUGUGACGCCGAUCAGCGGCUCCGAUUCCUUCUUCAUGAAGAUUGGCCGUUUAUCCCGCAGAGAUGUUUAUUCCCUGCAUCUGACCAUACAAUCAUCAUCUGGAAUAUUCAUACGGGAGUACACUUGAAGACGCUACAAGGGCAUACUGAAGGUGUCAAUGACGUUGCAUGGUCCAACGAUAGCGAGUACGUAGCUUCCGCUUCGGACGACUAUUCUGUGCGAAUAUGGAAUGCGCAAAGAGGCACUCAAGUCAAGACGCUCAAUGGCCAUAACAACCCCGUGUUCUGCGUCAACUAUAAUUCACAAUCCAAUUUGCUUGCGUCGGGUAGCUUUGACGAGACUGUCAAGAUCUGGGACGUUAUUCGAGGAACAAUCCUACGUUCCAUCUCUGCGCAUUCGGAUCCAGUAACCUCUGUUCAGUUUAGCUACGAUGGAACCAUCAUUGUGACCUCUUCGUUUGACGGUCUAGCGAGAGUGUGGGAUACAACAUCUGGACAGUGUCUCAAGACUGUCGUCGAGCCACAAUCCCAUGACCCAUGCGCGAGCGUCUGCUUUACGCCAAAUGCACAAUUCAUCCUCUGCUCUACCCUGGAUUCCACAAUUCGCCUGUGGGACUAUCAUACUUCGCGCUGCGUAAAGACGUACAAAGGCCACAAAAACGACCUGUAUGCUAUUCCUGCUUGCUUAGCUGUCGAUAAAGACAGGAAUUGGAUCGUUAGUGGCUCGGAAGACCAUAAAAUCUACUUGUGGGACGUCCAGUCUCGCGAGAUUGUCCAAGUUUUAGAGGGUCAUACAGAUGUCGUUCUCGCAGUCGCUACUCAUCCCAGUCGAAAGAUCAUCGCAUCCGGUGCCAUUCACGCUGACCUUGGGAUCCGCUUAUGGUUUGACGAACCAGAUGUCAAAUUGAAUGGAGUUUAG